AUGGCUGCUCAAUUCACAGACGAGAAUAUCAAAGAGCUCAGGUUCCGGCUCGAAGAUGCGGCGAUCAAAUGCUCCGAGCGUUGUUUAUACCAAUCCGCCAAAUGGGCAGCUGAAAUGCUAGAUUCAAUCGUACCAAUUGAGCAAUACGACACCGAUCCAGACUCCCCCAUGGACUACCCCGACGCUCCUUCGAACCCCCAGAACCCUUAUCUCCGAACACAAGAUCCGCUCGAGGCCGCUCUCGAAGCGCAAGAGUCAUACAAGUACCUCCUUGCGAAAUCUUACUUUGACACCCGCGAAUAUGAUCGCUGCGCCUCAGUCUUCCUCCCUCCGACCAUCUCCCCCGUUCCCCUUACUUCAACGCCGCCGAAUCCGAAGUCUAGACAGUCGUUGACUCCGCAGAAAGGGAAAUCGAAGGCCUCAGCAUAUAGUGGCGUCAAAGAUAAUAGUGUAACCAGGAAUCCAUACCCAAAGCUCAGUCAAAAAUCGCUUUUUCUCGCGUUGUAUGCUAAGUAUCUGGCGGGCGAGAAGCGCAAGGAUGAAGAGACCGAAAUGGUGUUGGGACCGGCAGACGGAGGUUCGACUGUCAACAAAGAAUUACCAGAUUUGGCGCGAGGAUUAGAAGGAUGGUUUACUGAGCGGCAAGACAAGGGACUGGAAGAGCGCAGCCAGGGAUGGUUGGAGUAUCUGUAUGGUGUUAUACUUCUUAAGGGACGAAAUGAAGACGAGGCCAAGAAGUGGCUUAUCCGGAGUGUUCAUCUGAACCCAUUUCACUGGGGCGCCUGGCAAGAGCUGAACGACUUGCUUGCAAGCACAGAAGACUUGAACCAAGUGGUCAAUCUUCUGCCCUUGAAUAUUAUGACCCUCAUAUUCCGCGUAUACUGCAGUCAGGAGCUGUAUCAGGCCACAGAGGAUACCUACCAGUCACUAUCUGAACUGGAAACAAUCUUCCCCACGAGUGCUUUCCUCAAGACCCAAAGAGCAUUGUUAUACUACCACUCAAAAGACUUUGAAGAAGCCUCCAGUAUCUUCACAGACAUUCUCGUUUCAUCUCCCCACCGUCUCGACAGUCUCGACCACUACUCCAACAUCCUAUACGUGAUGGGCGCGCGCCCGCAGCUCGCAUUUGUCGCCCAAAUCGCGACCGCAACGGACAAAUUCCGCCCCGAAACAUGUUGUGUAGUAGGAAACUACUACUCGCUCAAAUCCGAGCACGAAAAAGCGGUCAUGUAUUUCCGCCGCGCCUUGACCCUAGACCGAAACUUUCUCUCAGCCUGGACCCUCAUGGGCCACGAAUACAUCGAAAUGAAAAACACCCACGCCGCAAUCGAAUCCUACCGUCGGGCAGUCGACGUCAACCGCAAAGACUACCGCGCCUGGUACGGUCUAGGCCAAGCCUACGAAGUGCUCGACAUGUCCUUCUACGCCCUAUUCUACUACCAACGAGCCGCAGCGCUACGCCCCUACGACCCCAAAAUGUGGCAAGCCGUAGGAUCCUGCUACGCCAAAAUGGGCCGCAUCGAACAGAGCAUCAAAGCGCUCAAACGAGCCCUCGUCGCUGGCUCCUACUACGCCGAUGACUCCUCCCAAGUAGGAGGAGGGGGGCCAGAGCGGAAGAUACUCGACCCCGAAACCCUCCACCAGAUCGCCACGCUGUACGAACGUCUUGGCGAUGACGAAGAAGCGGCCUCGUACAUGGAACUCACGCUUCAGCAAGAGUCAGGCCAAGUGAUCCAGGAAGAUGAAGACAUCUCAUCUGAUAAUGAUGACGACGACAACCAAUCUGGGACGGAGGGGCAGUCUAGCUCAAGACGGACGCGCAAGUCGUCGACUCAGCAGAAUGAGGAUGAGGAUGACACUUGGCAUGGAACGGGCGUCACAGCUACUACUUCCAAGGCUAGGUUGUGGCUUGCGCGGUGGUCUCUGCGUAAUGGGGACCUUGAGCGUGCAGAUCAGCUGGCUGGUGAGUUGUGUCAAGAUGGGGUUGAGGUUGAAGAGGCGAAGGCUUUGAUGAGGGAUGUUCGCGCGCGGAGAGAAGGGGAUGAGUGA